UUUGAGAGUCUUAUGCCAAAGCAGCCAGAGAGAUUAGAAAACCAGCCAGGUGAGGUUACACUAGAAUUUGAAGCUUUCAUGUUGGAGAAUAUGCCAGCUUCUGGGCAACUUUGGAUUCACGCCCAGAUCAAAGCAUGUAUAGAUCCGGCUGACUGUAUAGCGGACUUCUGCUUAGAUCUCUUUCAACCAUCAGGUCACGGUAAGAAGAAGCGUAGUAUUCCCAACGAAACUCAGUAUUUUUUAGAAUUUCCGCGAAUGCCAUUGCAUCGAAAUGUUCCGUUAAAGUCAACAGAUGGCACCACAUCCGAUUCUGCAAACAUUGGAGAAAACAUUGGCAUUACUAUUGUAGUUCCUGGAGACGAAAAAAAACUUGUGGAUGGUAAUAGCGUUUCUGGGUUCAACUGUACCUCCUUCCUGGCCCUUUCAGGAGCGUUAGGCUGCAUGUUCUUUUUUGCUGCCAUUUUGGCAGGUUCCAUGGCUAGAAAAGUUCACCGUCUACUCCAAGAACGGAGAGUUUCUUCGUUGGAAAGCGUUUUCAGUGGAAAGCAACGCCAUCUAACGGCUUCACGUCAACUAUUGAGGGACAGAAGUCCGUGAAUUUUUCACUGCCUCAAAGGAACGACUCUUUUGGUUAUAUGAACACUUCACCUACGAAAUCAUUUUGAUUAUAUUAUUUGAGAAUUUUUCUUUUGUGAGCUGGUCUUGUGAAAGAAUAAGGUAAUUAGAAACAGGAAAUUCCUGAUGUUGGUUUUGAUAUGAUACUUAAGCCUGACCAUUGUGUUUCUAAAUCGACAAGAGUGGACUAGAAAUAAUAUAAUUCAUCGUUUAAAUUGUUGGUAAAAUUGAGAUAUUGCUUGGGAAUUUCAGUUUUAAAGUUGUUAAUAGACUGCGUCUAAAUAUCAUGUGAACCUUUUAACACGUUUUUGUAAUAAUACACUUUUCUAGGGUGUUUUAGACAGUUAGUUGUACUUUAAUUAUUUGUCCAAGUGGCGAGUUUAAUUAAGUAGUAAAGUUGACUUCAGUAAACAAAAACAUUACAUAGUUAUGCGUUUUUUGAAAAAUAUUUCACUAGUUAGAAGUAUCUUAAAAUUCGUCUUAAACUUGUAGCUAAGAAUGACCGCCAGGAAUAGAAUAUUAAUUAGGAUUAAUAAUUGGAAUUUCACGUUCGGCAUUUUAUAACUGUGAAUACGAGUUUAUAAAGCACUAAGUACCACUGGCAUAAGUUUGUAAAAUACUGUAUACUGGGUUGUUUAAUUAAAAUAGUAUCUACUAUGAACACAUCCAAAGAGAAAACUUUGUUUAAGAAUAUGCACUUCCGAAACACUGAGAUUUGAUAAAUAUCCUGCUAAAAUAAAAAUAGGUAUCAGUGAAAUUACCAGUUACUCAGUUAGUAAUUUGUAAGUUAUUUCACAUUUAUAAAAUCUGAUUUUGUUGUAAGUUUUCCCUUUUUAUUUCAAAAUUUGGAAGUCAGAUUCCUACCUUACUAUGUAUUAAAGAUAAAGUAUAUAAAUAAGUACACAAAUUAUCAAUAAAGCUCGCCUUAGAUUAUUCAAUUACUGAAGAAAAGUUAUUACAAUCUCUGAUAAUUAUUAGAUAUAACAUUUUAAUUUUUAGAAGAUAACUUUUAUUCGUUCUUCCAAUAAUUAAUUUAGUUAAAAAUGACAAUAAUACUAAGUUGGAGUAGUAAAAUGAAAGUUUCUUUCAUUAACAAUAUAAUAUUUUUUUUAGAAUUAGUUGGUAUUUUUGACUCGUUAGCACAGUCUGGUACCAAGUAUUAGGUUUCUAACUUUCACUUUUAGUUUCGAGUUGAACAAUUUUUAAAAGUUUUACAAAAUUAUUCAAAAUAUCAUCUAAGGUCUCAAAAUAUUUAUUCUAUUUGCAUAUUUGACUUAUUUCCAACAAUUUACUUGAAAUGAAUGUACUGAUUAAACUUUCUUCAUUCUGAGAUACUGAUGUAACGGUUUCUAUUG